AUGGUGACUAAAGAAGAAGCAUUGCAACAGCAUGAGAAGCUGAAGAAGGUCCAAGGAUUGCAAGUGACAUAUAACCGAUACCAAGAAACAGCUACUGAGUUACAGAAUCAAUUGAAUACAAUUGCUUCUCAGAUUCUGGAACAUGAAAUCGUACAAACUACAUUGGGAGAGCUACCCGAAUCCUCUCGUGAAGGUCGCAAGUGCUUCAAGAUGAUCGGCGGGGUACUUGUGGAUAAGACUGUGGAUGAAGUGUUGAAGAUGUUGAAGGAGGAAUUGGGCGACUUACGCAAAGAGCGGGCCAAGUUAGAUACCAACAUAAAAGAGCUCAAGAAGGAAAUGGAUGCAUGGAUCAAGAAGAAUCAUAUUCAAGUAGUUAGGCAAUGA